AUGAGCAUCUUCUUCUGGUACUUCCAGGCCCGCAAAAACCCUGAAGAAGCUCCCACAUCCAUCUACAUCAGCGGCGGCCCCGGAGCCUCGGCCUUUGACGAGACAAACGGGUUUCCUUGCACUUUCAAUCCAGACGGUAAUUCAACCAGAUUGAACAACCAGAGUUGGAACGAAGAGGUCAAUAUGCUGUAUAUCGACCAGCCUGUCGGGGCAGGGUUCAGUUACUCCAAGAUCGUCAACGGGGUGGUGGACUUGAUGGACAGCCUGUCUGAAGACGGCUCAUUCUUCACUCCUGGAACGGUCGAAGAACUCCAACAAGACAGUCUCAACUUGACUGUAGCCCCUGCUACCAUCCAGUCCCUCGACCCCCGAGAUGGGAUCAACACCACGCAACAGGCAGCGAGGGUGAUGUGGCAGUUUACCCAGGUCUGGUUUCGGGAGUUUCCGGGCUAUGAUACCUCCAAUAAGGAAAUUAGUCUUUGGACUGUUUCGUACGGCGGCUUCUACGGCCCGUCCUUCAUGGCCCACUUCCACAGGCAAUCCUCCCUCCCAAAUUCAUUCCCCCUCCAGCUCUCCACCCUAGGCAUCCAAAACGGCUGCUUGGACGUUCUUACAAUGGGCUUGUCAUACCUCGACUUUUCACUCAACAACACUUACGAUAUUCAAGCAUAUCCUGAAGAGGUGUACUCCUCCGCCAAGACCAAUCUCACUGAGUACUGCCAACCCCUCCUCCUAUCCUGCCGGCAGUCAGUCCAAGAAGGCGACCCGUUGGGGUAUGGAAGCAACAGCACUGUCAACCAGGCGUGUGCCCUAGCAGCGGGUGUCUGUUUUGGGUUUGUCCAGGGGGCGUUUACGAGCUACUCCGACCUCAACCCGUUUGAUAUUACGCUGUCGCAUCCGGAGACGUACCCCCCGUUGCACUCGGUCGGGUACCUUAAUCAACCCUGGGUUCAAACCGCGUUGGGAGUUGCGGUGAAUUUCACUGCUGGGUCGAGGUCCACGGGGGGUGUCUUUUUCGCCUUGACCGGCGACCCGAUGAGGCAUGAUCUUUCAGAUUUGAGGUACGUUUUGGAGAAUAAUAUCAAAGUCGCGAUGGUGUAUGGGGAUUUGGACUAUAGGUGUAACUGGUUUGGGGGGGAGGAGAUCUCCCUUGCUGUUGGGGGGGAAGAGUUCAGAGAGGCGGGGUAUGCGGAUGUUGAUGUUGGGGGGGUGGUUGGGGGGUUGGUGAGGGAGGUGGCGGGGUUGAGUUUUGUGAGGGUUUUUGAUGCGGGGCAUAGUGUUUAUGGGUAUCAGCCGGGGGUUGUGAAGGAGGUAUUUAAGAGGGUGAUGGACGGGAGGGAUGUUGCGAGUGGGAAGGUGGUUGCCGACGGGGGGUAUCGGAGUCAGGGGCCGGUGGAUGUGAGGGGGGUGAAGGUUACUGCUACGAAGGGGAGGGAUGCGGGGUGUUUUCUUGCGGAUGUGGGCAGGACGUGUGAUCAGGGGCAGGUGGAGGCGUUGAGGGAGGGGAGGAGGGUGAGGGUUGAGGGGGGGAGGGUGGUUGAGCCUGGAAGAGAAGGGGAGACGAGUGUGGAUGGGGAUGGGAAGGGCGGGGAGGAAAUGGAGCAGGUUAAGAGUGGUGGCACUGUGAGGGAGACGGCCGCGAUGGCUGCGAGUCUGGGUGCGUUGGCUGGCUGCUCAAGGUGUCAUUGGCUACAUCCUUUUGGAUGGUUCUUCUGCUGUUGGGAAUCGAUAACUAUUCUUCAAAUUUCAGUAACCCUACGCUCAUCUAGAAAAAGGUUCACGCCCAAAAGAAUGGUCGCGCCAAGGAGCACGAGAUCGAAACGUGGAUGCAUUACCUGCAGGUACGUCACCCAUCUGACCCAUCUCCUCUUCAACACACUGACACUGCCCAGAAUCCGCCGCGUCAAAUGCGAUGAAACAAAGCCCCAAUGCAGCCGCUGCAUCAAAGCCGGCCGCACCUGCGAUGGAUACGCAGCCACAUCAUCACAGCUAAGCGGCCGGGACAUGGCAACCGCAGUCAAAACCCUCCAAGUCGUCGGGCCAGCAGCCAGAGUCCUGGGGGAAGCCGUCCUAACCGAAGACUCUGCCUGCUUUGACUUCUUCCGGAUGUGCACAGUCGCCAUGACCAGCACCGCCUUUCCCGCCCCAUUCUGGUCCCGCCAUGUCCUCCAAGUGGCACAUUUCGAGCCGGCGGUGUGGAAGGCCGCAGUGGCAGUCGGGGCACUGCAUCGGAGGUGGGAGUCGAGAAGCAAGAUUCGGCUUCGGCCUAAGCCUAUCAAUUCAGGCGUGGCAGGAGGGAAAACAGAGGAGUUUACCAAACAGGCCAUGCAGCAGUAUUGGGGUGCUAUCAGUAUGGCGCGCACCAUCCAGGAUCCAGGGGUGCUCAUGGUUAUGAGCGUUAUUCUCGCCGCGGCGGCGAAUAUGGCUGGUGAAUGGGCAGCAAGUCAUGUUCACAUCCAAUCCGGGCUCAAACUCGUCGCUUCUCAGUCACCCCACAACACCAUGUCCGGCGAGAUAGCCUCGAUCGCCCAAUCCCUCUCCCGUCUCGACCUCUUAGUCAUGACAUUCGAAGACUCCCGCGCCCCCUACGCCUAUGCCGACCCCCUGACCGGCAAACUCCCCUCCUCCAUCCUCAACAUGCCCCGCGUAGGCAAGCUCGACGAUUUAAUGCAGGCAUCAAUGCAUCUCUUUGGCAUGUUCCGGUACUUUCUCAGCGUCGAGGGCGGGUACAUCUUGGGUUUCGUCACCGAGGAAGAGGAUCUCCCCCAUUUGCAAGCCCGAAUCGCCGAAGACGUCAUCCGUUGGAAAAUCGAGUUUGAGAUCCUGGCCAACAGAAUCUCUUCUUCGGCGUCCCAAGCAGAGCGAACCACACUGCUAUCCUUAGAACUCUACCACUCCGUCUUGUCUCUCAUGUCCCGCGCGGGAAUCGCCGGCCCGGCAGUCAGAUGGGACGCCUACACUGACGAGUUCGCCCGCGUCAUUUUCUUCUGUGAAACCAUCAACAAGAACAUCUUCUCCCCGUUGCCGUUCUUCAUGUCCCUCGAGCCAGGCCUGGUUAUGCCGUUGUUUUUGACCAUAACCCGGUGUCGCCAUCCCAUCGUCCGACGCAGGGGGCUGAGGUUGUUAAAGUCGUUGAACCGACAAGAGGGAAUGUGGAACAGCCCUGCCGCCUGUGUGGUUGCUGAACAACAGGUUCUGGCCGAGGAAGAGCAUCUCGAGUUUCCACUGCCGCUGUAUAUUGAGAACUUGGAUAACAUGCCGAUGGAGGGGCCCACCGGGGAAGGAUGGGAGAGGAGCAUGGCACCGGAUGAGUUGAGGGUGACGAGGGAUCAGGUGGAGAUUGAUGUGGAUAGUGGGAGGAUCGAACUGAGGCUGUAUACGGGGCUGGGAGAGGAGGAAAGGGAGGUUAAAAGGGUGAGUUUGGGGUACUAG